AUGAACCGGAUCUUCGGACAAGCUAAACCGAAGCAGCCCCCUCCAAAUCUGACUGAUGUGAUUUCCAAUGUAGAUAGCCGGGCCGAAUCUGUUGAUAAAAAAAUCGAUAAACUGGAUGAGGAACUUAAAAAAUAUAAACUACAAAUGCAAAAGAUGAGAGACGGUCCUGCUAAAGAGAGCGUCAAAAUGAAGGCUUUAAGAAUUUUAAAGCAAAAGAAGGUGUAUGAAAAUCAAAAGGAACAACUUUCCAACCAAAGUUUUAAUAUGGAACAGACUAAUUUUGCUAUCCAGACCGUGCGUGAUACCAAAGUUACAGUGGAUGCCAUGAAAGUCGGUGCCAAAGAAUUAAAACUGGAGAUGAAAAAAAUUAACCUAAAUAAUGUGGAAGACCUUCAAGACGAUUUAGCUGAUCUACUAGUCUCAACUGAUGAAUUACAAAAUAUUCUCAGUCAGUCCUACGCGACACCCGAUAUAAAUGAAAAUGAUCUGGAACAAGAAUUGAUGGGUUUGUGUGAUGAGCUAGGUUCUGAUACAACGUAUUUAAAUGAAGACUUUAACGCACCUUCUGUUCCAACGGGGAUUCCUGGAGAAAGUUUACCAACUCCAGCCAUGGGUACUAUGCCGUCUGCUAACAAUAUCAAACUGGACGAAUUUGGUUUGCCUCAGAUUUCGUGA